CACAAGGCUGGGUGAGAGAAGCAAGGCAAGGCAAGGCACUGGUGGAGCCGUCCCUGAGUGAGGAGUGUCAGUGAGGCACAAACAUGUCGGUGUUCAGCCGUCUGCCUGCUCUUGGCGCCCUGCGUGGCCUGCCUGGCCGCCCCCUCACCCUCACCAUCGCCCAGCGUGGGAUGGGGGGCGGGGGGCCACGGACCAUGGACAUCACGGCGUCGCGUUGGCAGUGGCACAAGUUCAAGGACAUGCUGCACUUCUAUGUCAUGCUGGGCGCCAUCCCCCUCACCGCCCUGGUCUUUGCCGUCAAUGUGUUCAUCGGCCCUGCCCAGCUGGCACCCACACCAGAGGACUACACCCCCAAGCACUGGGAGUACCACCGUCACCCGAUCUCAAGGUUCCUGGCACGCUACUUCUACACGAGCCACCAGGAGGACUAUGAGAAGUACCUCCACUUCAUAUACGAGGAGAAUGAGAAGAAGCAGAUGAGGCUGAUUGAGAAGAAGGUGAAGCAGCUGAUGGCGGAGAGAGAGGACACCAGGGCUCACUUCUACCGUCCCAUCCUCACCAAGUACCACAAGAAGGUCAAGGAGGAGUAUGAGGAGAUGCAACAUGAGAGGGGCUUCUAAAGGGCUCCUGCUGGGGUGCUGUGGGGUGCUGUGUGUCUCCUGCCACUGCUCCCCCACCAGCAUUGUGUCUAUGAUGUAUAUAUGUAUGACUCUUUAUAGUGUUGUAAGGUGUCAGUGUGUGGUCAGCCAUCAAGCCACCCCCCUCCACCUCCGCCCCUUCCCUCAUGCCUGUGUAAGGAAGGGUGAGGUGCAGUUAAAUUGUUAAAUGUACCAUGCAUACUUCAUGAUGUGGCAAAGAAUGUUAAUUUAUGUA